AUGGAGCAGAGUGAUGAUAAGAAACGUCGUGAACCACCGGGUGGUUCUGACGAACCAGCCUCAGGUGGAGGUGGUGGUCGACCAACAAAACGAUUGUUAACAGCAUCAGACAGUAACGCCACGCAACCGAGCAGUGGCGGUAGCACCACACCCUUGGUACUCUCUACAGCCAGUUCAUCAAGUCUCACAGGCAAUGAGUCAAGGGAUCAGAACCUGUUAUUGUUUCAGAACAGAGCUAUGAUGAUACGAUUGGAGGAGCAAAGGAAUGAGGUCAAGGAUAAGGAGUACAGGAUCAAACAACUAUCACACAAACUACAAGGUUUCGAAGACACGUUGCAUAGCGUCUGUCGUGUUUGGGACCAGUUAAACAGCGGACUGAACCUGAUAUCCGGCCGACUGGAUCUCGAACCGUCCUUUGAUUGUCUAUUACCGAAAUAUAUAACAGAUACUGAAGAUAGCAGUGACAAGGGAUGCAAUCAUCCUUUCAUUCAAUCAUACAACUUCCUCACCACCUUUAUAUCCGAGCCACAAGUACUUGAUGAGAACUACACCAUUGAACAUCUGCACCAGAACAGGGUCAAGAAGACACAAUCAGUGUUCUCACGCAUCGCCAACAGUGUAGAGAAGGAGCAUCUUGCACUGUUUUCCCUAUUUCGCUUGUUAAAGUCAUCCAAAGACAUACAAUCAGCCGAUAUUGAACGAGAGUUGAUCGAUGAGAAUGAUAGACUAUCACAACAGAACCAGAUAUUGCAUUGCUCACGUGAUAGAGUACUGCAACAGAUCAAACAGUUGAGCGAUCAGACAUCUUAUUACGCCGACCAAGCUAGCUCUUAUGAUCUCGAGAUAAAGGACCUGCGCCAAGAACUGGAUCGCACCGCUGAUGAGUUGAGCUAUGACCGCGAACGCCUGGCUAAACUACAGAGCAUGGCAGUAUCCAAUUCUCUCAAGUUGUCGUCGCCCACAUUGACGUCGUCGACGGCCAACGGACAGCAACAACAACCGAGCGCCGGCAACGUUGUGAGGAACAGCGAGCUCAGUCUUCAGAUUCAGGCGAGUGAGGAGUACCAGGAGCUGCAACGACAGGUGGAGGCCCGUUUCAAUGAGGGACGCAAGCUGCGCGAGGAGAAGGCUGCCCUGAUGAACGAGCUGCAGCAGAUCCAGAUGGAGUUCAGGAACAUCUCUGACGAGCGUGUUCUCAACUCAAUGCCCUAUCAGAUAUUGCGAGCGCGACUGCAAGUCAUGCUGGAGGACCUAGAGUUCAAGAACGGCCUGUUUGCCAAGACGCAGCACGAGAUACAGCAGCUGACCAUCGCCAGGAAGGUGGACCGCGAGCAGAUCGAAACGUUUGAGCAGAUGAGACGCCAGGGUCUGGAGCGCAGGGUUGUGCAGCUGGAGAGCGAGGCCACCAACCUCAAGCUGGAGAAGGAGCGACUGAUAAACAUCAUUGACCAACGAUCGUCCACGGCACCGGGCCAGGAGUACUUGACCGAGUCGAGGACACUGCUGGACAACAAGGACACAGAGAUCCAGCGAUUGAAGGACAUGGUGGCGAACCUUAAGCAGGAGAUCGACACGUUUGGCGAGGCCAAGACUGAGGUGCUGCACGCUGAGCAGGACGUCCAGAAGGAGAUUGAGACCAAGAACCAUGAAAUCAAGGAGUUGUUUGACAGGCUGCGCGAGUUCACGCGAUCCAACGACGAGCUGAAGCAAUCAGAGAGGCGACUGGCUGAGAAGGAGAAGGAGCUGAGCCUGUCCGUGGAGCUGCUAAAGUCCAGCUCCUCGGAGCAGGCCGAUGUGAUUGACCUGUUGAUCUUGGAGAGGAAGCUGAGCGCUGAACUGGACGAGCUGAAACAGCAGUUUUCUCAGAGUGAGCAGCUGCAGCAACAGCAUCAGACAGAGGUUGGCCAGACCACGGACAAGUACGACGGCAUGAUCAAGGAGUUGGAGCAGUCGAUCGAGCAGAACAAGGCACUGCAGAUCAGUCAGAAGCAGGAGAUUGAGGCGUUGGCAUCAGAGAUCGACUCGAUGGCCACCGAGUACCAGCAGCAACAAGAACAAAACACCCGACUGAUCAAGCAGAUCUCGGACAAGGAAGACACGCACGCGCAUCUCAUGGUCGAGAACAUCAAGUCGCAACAGACCAUUCGUCUGUCCAAAGAGACGCAGUCCAUGCUCGAGGACAAGAUACAGCGAGGCGAGGACAGGUUCAAGUUCCAGACCGAGGUGAUGGCCAAGAUCGAAGAGAAGAGUCAGAUGCUGCACAAGCAGCUGCAAAAGGUCAACGACGAUCUGGUGUCUUGUAACUUUGAGCUGGAGAAGCAGAACAGGAAGGCAAGAGAGUCAACAGAGUACGCAACCGAGCUUAGGACACAAUGGGACAAGCUUGGAGUCAUGAACGCAGAGUUGAAGAAAAAGGCAGACGAUUCCAUCUUUGCCCUUGAGCGAGAGGUCGACAAGUCGAGAAGAUUGGACGAGGAGAAACAUUUACUCAAGAAGAAAUUAGACAAGCUGAACUUGAAUGUUCAGGCGCCAUCCUCUACCGCCGAAGAGGAACUUAGAUUGAUCAAUCAACGACUGCGAUGUAGUAUUUGUAACGAUCGCCAGAAGAACUACGUCAUUGCCAAGUGUUUCCACGUGUUUUGUAAGGAGUUAAUACCCAUCGGCUACUGGUCCUUGGUGGGCGACAACACCUACGUGCGUGUUUAA